AUGCUCCGAUCUAGAGCAGGUCAAUGUGCCCUUCCCCUUGAGUUCAAUUCAACAUUUGCAUUUAGCGCAUGCAGAGACCGGGAAGAAGCAAUUCAAUCAGGGCUUUCAUUUGACUAUAUCGCGGCCUGUCGAACCUCAUCGUUCACAGAGAGAUUUGAAGCGGUAGUUUCACGGCACCCAGCAUUGCGAACUAGAUUCUGUGCGAAUUCCGAUGGGGACUGGGAGCAGGUCAUUCAGGUUCCUUCUGGAGCAGACUACUACUUCCAUGUUACCCACGCGUCCCUUCAUGAAGAGCGACAAGAGGCCAUCCAAGAUGCUAACGGGAAGAUCAAUCUGGAGUUCGGCCCGCUUGUUGCUAGUGUGCUGUUUAUGCCGACUGGAGGCGACACUAGUCACCGGCUUUUCAUCACUACUCGUCAUCUCGUUGUUGAUCUCGUGAGCUGGCGAUUCAUCCUGGAAGAUAUUGAAGAUCAUUUGCGUAAGGGUUGUAUCUCCGCGCAUCAAUCUACUAAUUGGCCUACUUGGACAUCUCUUCAGGCCCAGCGUCUUGAUUCUGUUCAAAGACCGCCUGAUAUAUCAUUACCGGUCGUCAACUUCUCUCUUUGGGGUCUGACGGAAUGCGACAAUGGAUAUGGCGAUAUAGUAGAAAAGUCAUUCCAGUUACCCUUGGCCGAAACAACUGAGCUUCUUCAAAAUGUUCCUGAUGUCCUGCAGACAGAACCAAUUGAUAGUCUGGUUACGGCCACCAUUUACGGCUCCACGCAAGCGUUCCCUGAACUCAUUGAUCUCCCGACAGUCUACUACGAAGGUCAUGGUGGGGAGGCGUGGGACAAUUCAAUUGAUCUCUCUCGCACUGUUGGGUGGUGUUGGGAAUUACAUAAAGGGCGCGGCAUUGGCUACGGGCUAUGA